AUGGCACAGUCCACAGUAUACAUGUCGCCCCAGCCAGUUGGUUACGGCGAAGAUGGCCAGGUCAGCGGGUUCGACUUCACCGAAGCAUCCAUACGGAGGGGCUUCAUUCGUAAGGUGUACGCCAUCUUGAUGUGUCAGCUAUUAGUAACGUUUGGAUUCAUCACUCUCUUCGUGUACCACGAGCCCACCGGCCGGUUCGCCCGGUCGAACCCUUGGCUCCUAUGGGUCGCAUUGGGUGUGCUUAUCGUCUGUAUGAUAGUAAUGGCGUGCUGUGGCGAGGUCAGAAGGCAGACACCUUUAAAUUUCAUCUUCCUCGCAAUAUUUACCCUCGCACAGAGUUUCCUGUUAGGAAUAGUCUCUAGCAUUCAUGCCCCCGAAGCGGUAAUGAUGGCAGUGGGUGUCACAGCGGCUGUGAGCCUGGCACUUACGCUGUUCGCCUUCCAGACCAAGUGGGACUUCACUGUCAUAGGCGGAGGACUGGUUUGCGCAGCGGUCGUGCUCUUAAUAUUAGGUAUUGCCGCAAUCUUCCUUCGAGACAACAGAAUUUUCAUGCUUAUCUAUGGGUCGGUAGGCGCUUUAAUAUUUUGUAUGUACCUCGUGUACGACACGCAACUCAUGAUGGGUGGCAAACACAAAUACAGCAUCUCACCUGAGGAGUACAUCUUCGCUGCUCUGAACCUGUACCUCGACAUUAUCAACAUCUUUACAUACAUGCUUAUUAUCAUCUCCAGAUGUUGA